AUGUCUGAAUUCGACAACGCAAUUUCAACUACUUUUGAUCCCUUCGCUGAGGCAAAUGCUGAUGACUCUGGUGCUGGGGCAAAAGAUUAUGUUCAUGUGCGUGUACAGCAGCGAAAUGGGAGGAAAAGCCUGACCACUGUUCAAGGGUUGAAGAAGGAAUUUAGCUACAACAAGAUACUCAAGGACCUCAAGAAAGAGUUCUGCUGCAAUGGAACUGUUGUCCAGGACCCUGAGUUAGGCCAGGUCAUUCAACUUCAGGGUGAUCAAAGGAAGAACGUUUCCACCUUCCUCGUGCAGGCUGGCAUUGUGAAGAAGGAAAAUAUCAAGAUUCAUGGAUAUUAUUCUGUUUUCUGCAUUUUGAGAGUGGAUUCGCCGUUUGGCUUGUGA